AAGACUCAACUGUCCCGACUUUCCUGUCCACGUCAGGGUCUCGAUGCAGGAAUGGCUCCUCGGGUGGACGAUGUCAUGCGUCUGUGCUGUGAAAUAUCAGCUCAUGAUCAGAUCAAGGUGGCGGUGAGAAACUCCACCAAAGGGGCCGUGGUUGCAGGAGGAGCUGCGUUCGUAUGCGGGAUGCUGGCUGGACCUCCGGGGAUCGCUGUCGGUGGAGCAGUCGGCGGUCUGUUGGGCAGCUGGCUCACCAGCGGGCAGUUCAGACCUCUGCCUCAGAUCCUGAUGGAGCUGCCUUCCAACCAGCAGCAGAAGCUCUACAACGACGUCUUGGCCGUCAUAGGAACCCUGGACUGGACCGAUGCAGCGCAGCUCAUCGCCCUGGUGAUGGGCAAUGCAACGCUCCAGCAGCAGGUCACCGCUGCGUUACUAAACUACAUCAGCAAGGAGCUCAGGGCGGAGGUGCGCUAUCAGGACUGAGGCAUCGGUGCUCAUGGACCUUUCUCCCAAAACACAAGCCCAGUACUUAAAACACAUUUUAGAAUCAAUCGGAAGAAAGACUGUGAAUCAUGAAUGUUAUCUUUGAUGGCUGAGCCAAUCAGAGCAGAGAGCCUUCAGAGGGUCUGAUGUCAUAACAAGAAGGGAAUCAUCACUCAAUCAUUUACAUCCUCUCUGCUUUUUUAAAACAAGUUUUAAAAAAAAGUGCCUGGGAAAUCAUUUAUUCUGGAUUAUGACAUCAUCUCUUUUUCCCACGCUUGGAAUCAGGUUGUGUUUUUGUACCUCCAUUUUAUAUCUUUAGACUUAAUAAUUAAAUUAAGUGUUGAAGCUA